AUGGGAAGGCAGCUCUACACGACGACGUUUCUUCACUUAGUCACCAUACUCUUCGUUUUCCGGACAAUCUCAGCCGUCCGUUUCCCUCCGGAACCAACAACAACCGACGACCUAGAUUUCAUCCGCACGAGCUGCAACGCAACGCUCUACCCAGACGUGUGUUACACGUCGUUAUCUGGCUACGCCUCCACCGUCGAAGAUAAUCCGGCGAGGCUUGCGAAACUCGCCAUCGGCGUUUCUCUGUCCCGCGCAAAACACACGGCGUCUUACCUCUCCAAACUCUCACGCGCCGCCGCUUCUGCUUCUCCCGCCGUCCACGACUGCGUUUCGAACGUGGGAGACGCGGUGGAGCAGAUGCGUGGCUCCCUAAGGCAGCUCCGAGAGAUGAACCACCGUCGUCCCGGAGCUCCACCGUUUAUGUUUCAGAUGAGUAACGUGCAGACGUGGAUGAGCGCGGCGUUGACGGACGAGGAGACGUGUACAGAUGGGAUCACGGAGGAGAUGGAAGACGGAGAUACGAAGACAGCCGUUUGCGAGAAAGUCGCCGACGUCAAGAGGUUCACGAGUAAUGCGCUUGCUCUCGUUAACACAUACGCCAAUAAUGAAGCCUAG